UCCUCGCCGGGCCCCGGCUUGUCGGAGAGCAGCGCCGCCAGCGCCGCGCCCCUCAGCGCGGCAUGGAGCACCUCCUCGGGCAUGGCCGGCCUGGUCGGCACGGGGAGCCCCGAGGUCGUCGCCGUGACCACGCCGAACUCGGCGGCCUUGUGGUCGGACCCCGCGUCGUCGGCGUCCCCGGACCCCGUGGAGGUGGACACGGCCGCGUACGCGUCCUCCCCGGCUGACGUGUCCGUGGGGCUGCCCGUGGGGCUGUCCGCCGGCCCCGAGCUGGAGUCCGACAUGGGCGACGAGGGCGACCUGGUCUCCAGCAAGAUCCCGCGGUCGGUGCCGUACACGCUGGGGCCCACCGCCGCCACCGCCAGCAACGUGGUGCUGUGCGCGCCCGGCGCCUACUGCACGCCGCUCACCCAGUGCAGGACCAUCCUGGACCUGCUGGACCGCACGUGCCUCGCCGGCGACAAGCUGGCCCAGCUGUCGUGCGGCUCCAGGGGCUCGGAGGCCAUGGUCUGCUGUCCCCCGGGGGGCUUCUCCCCCAUCUACAUGAGCACGGGCGCCGCCAACGCCGCCCCCGUUGUGACCACCGCGCCGCCCGCCAUCACCACCCCCGACCCCCUGCCCCACAAGUGCGGCACCCCGCACCUGUACAACUGGAGGAGUCGGUACGCGGGGGUCGGCUCGCAGCCCUGGGUGGCCCGGAUCGGCUUCAAGAAGGUCGAGACCGGUGCCAUGGAGUACCCCUGCUGCGGCUCCAUCAUCUCCGAACGGGUGAUCCUGACCGCGGCCCACUGCGCGCUGGCCAAGACCGCCACGCACAAGCUGUCGGCGGUCCGCGUGGGGGAGUACGACGCCGACGAGGACCCCGACUGCUCGACGGGCUUCUGCGCGCGCCCGCCGCAGGACAUCCCGGUGGACCACGUGGUGGUGCACCCCAGCUACGAGCGCGCCUCGUUCCGCCACGACGUGGCGCUGCUCGUGCUCAAGGCCCCCAUCGCCUUCUCCCUGGGCGCGCAGCCCAUCUGCAUCAGCCAGAACGUGGUGGGCGUGGUGGGCCAGCGCGCCAAGCUGGUGGGCUGGGGGCUCGCUGCCGGCCAGAGGGCGGUGCCGGGCCAGCAGCAGCAGCUGGACCUGCCCGUGCUGCCGCUGGAGACGUGCGCGCAGGUCUACGAGCGCGUGGUGCCCGUCACGAGCGACAUGCUGUGCGUGGGCGGCGAGGACGGCCACGACGCCUGCUCCGGCUUCGGCGGCGCGCCGCUCGUCACCCUGGACGCCACCGGCACGCGCUACUACCAGAUCGCCAUGGUGUCGUUCGGCUCCACCAAGUGCGGCGUGGAGGGCGUGCCCAGCGUGUACACCAGGGUGGACCACUACGCCGAGUGGAUUCGCGCCAACAUGGUGCAGUAGCGAGCCAAGCGGCCAAGCCCAUCACCAUCACCAACGGCCAAGCAACAGCCUACGAUCAUGUGUGGUCUAGCCCGUAAUGGUAAUGUGGCGGCCUGGGUAGGCAACCCAUCGCUCGCGAGCGCAGCGCGGCACGGCGGCUGUACGGCGGCGGCCCGGGCUGCUCGGUGCUUGACCCGUGACGUCCGCCGUGGCGGUCGGGCUCGUCUCCUCAAAGGUGCGGCGGUUGUUGACAUGUGGGGUUAACGAAGGUCAGAAAUCCAAUUCCGAAAUACGCCCGCCGUUGGAGAGACGAGGGCGACCCGGCGUUCAGUUCGCCCUCGGCUGGAAACCUGCGCCCCGCACGUCCUUCGCGUCCCUUCUCUCCUCGCCCCGUGUCGCUGCGCCGUCACCGCCCUCCUGUUUCUGGCGAACGGUGCAAGGUGCGCUUCGAAAAUGUUCAUUCCUUGAGUCAAGCUGGCCGCUCCCACACGGCAGACAAUCCCAAGUCUUACGAAGAAAUUUACCAUUUUGCGACGGAAACAGCCUAGUAAUACGAACGUAGUUUUUCUUUGCAUUAUGAAAGUUUUUCUUUGCACGUUACAGUGAAAAUCGAUAAACGAUUCGUAUUAUGGAGAAAUGCUGUUUCCGUUUAUGCUGGCGCCGGAAUCACUGUAUCUCAGCUAAAAUUUCACUGUAAGACUUUUAGAGUGAACAACACUAAUUCUGUCCUGCCUGCGGCGGAGGAGCGCCUAUUCGUGAUCUUUAGCUUUAACUGACCUGAAAUUGGUUUGCUUCAUAAGUAUUACGUAACACGUGAAACUUUCCUCUCGCGCUAUUGCUUUAAACGUCCAAGGAGAUAUCAGUGUUAAAAUAGAGUGAAUUUUGUGUAAGGUUUCAAUCAAGUCGAUUGAAGGUCAAUUUAUGAGAACAAUAUGUGUCCAGCUGAAAGAUUUGUAGAGUGUAUGAUCGAGUGGUAUUUAUUACGAAGAAGAAUAAAUUAAAAGUUCCAAUUGAAGCCCAUGACAAUAACUUAUAUGCAUUUUUAAGAAUAGUGCGUAAUGAUUUUUCCAUUUAUUGUUAUUUAAUUAGUAAUUUUAAGCGAUGGGUAUCCUGAGCCGAUGUCUUCGUAGCUGUAUGUGAGUUUUCGAGUGUAAUUAUUUUAAAGAAAUACAUUACUCACGGUAGAAUUAGUUUGCACAUUUUGCUCAGGACUGCAACCCAUAGUACUACAGUUGAUAACUAUGAGAGAUCCAGUUGCGAUUUUAUAUUCAAAUAAAACAUUUGUAACUGCCAUAUCUCCUUCAAUCCUUCCAUGUUAGUUAUCUAAACUUUUCAAUCUGAAUAUAUUUUGUGCCAAAAUGAAUUGAUUUCGCAGCAACUAAAAACUGUAUAAAGAACUCCUUUCCGUUCCUUUUGUAAAUCAUAAAUGUGGAAUGCCGACUGAGGCAUUAAGUAAACUGUCACUUUAGUGUAACGUUAAUUUUUAACACCUCGGUAAAACGCGCAAUUACUAACUUUUCGAAAUCUUAAACCUAAUCAUUAGGACCUGCAAUUACUGUUAAAAAAAAGUGAAUUUUGAUAAAGUAGCAAGAGUUAUUUUUGUGACAGAACAGAGUGCAAUUGUCUAUUUGUUACUGCGCGCAAAAUACCCCUCUUUGAAUAAAUGUUCCGAGUUUGUAUGGAAAUAAACGAUUGUGAAGCAAUUCAUAAA